GGGAAGCGAGGUCGUAGGAACAGUGUGGGAUCAUUGGACAGUACCAUUGAAGGUUCCAUUAUUAGCAGCCCUCGGCCGCACCAGCAGCGCCCCCUGCCUACUGGAGGUCUGUCUUACUGCCCCAUGAUGGUCCCUUCUUCUCCAGCAGCCUACCGGCCACACCGCCCUACUCAGAGCCCCGGUACAGGGGUGGGGGGUGGGCCGGGGCUCUGUCACAACCAGGGAGGGGUCACCACCUCCCCACUCGUGAGCGGGGGAGGGGCUGGGGUCGGAGGAGGGAUGGCGGGUGGGGUAGGCCCGACUGGCAGCGGCCUGCUGGGGAAUUUCUUCGGCAGCCGCAGAGGCAAGGUUCCUGGUCCCCUGACGAUGAUGUCACCAACUCCUCAGGGUCCUCCGAGUCCCCUGAUGAUAUCAUCACCCCCCCACUACCCCGCCCCCGCGCCUCCCAUCGUCCACCCAUCCUCCCCUUCCCCAGGCCCCUCCCCAUCGCCCAACCUCGGUCCAUCGGACUCGGGAGGAGUUGGAGGGGGAGGAGGUAUGGGAGGGGGACCGUCCAAGCUCCAGGCUUUGCACGCCCAGUAUUGCCACGGCAACAGUGGAGGAGGAGGAGUCAGUGUUACUGGGCACCAGCAGCAGCAGACGCCACCCCCACCCUACCACCAUCAUCACCGCUACCACAUGCAGAGCGUUCCACAGCACCACCCUCUUUCGCACAGGUUCUCCGCACCCAGGCGUCAGGGCCCGUCCGGCUGCGUUCCCUCUCAUACCCAGCAGCAUCAGAGGAUGCAACAUGGCCCCGCCCAGCACCCACGCUACAACAUGGCCUCAGGCUUCACCACGCCCCCUCCACUGUCCCCACACUCCCCCUUAACCCCUACUACCCCACACGGACUCUACCACUCGCACCCCGCGGCGGGACGACCGGGUGGAGGUGCCAAACUCCCGCUAACCAUCUCGCACUCUCAGCCCCACCCACACGCUCACACACACUCUCACAACCACGCCGCGCAUGCACACUCCCCCCUCAGCCCUUCCCCCUCCGUCUCCCCCUCCACCCACUUCAUCUUCUCUCCCCCACCACCCCAGACACCCUCGGCACGUCUCGUCAGCCAGACACCUUCUCAGCCCUACGCUCCUCAGUAUCCGCCCCUCUCCUCCAUCCCGCCUCCCCCUCCACACUCCCCCCUACCUCCACCUUCAACCGCACCACUCUCCCCGCACCCAGGGGUGGGGGGAGGGCAAGGGGGGGGGCCCAAAUCGAAACCCGUAAGCCGGAUCAGCACGGUUGUCUGA